AUGAGAGCAAUUUUAUUCUUAGCAAUUACUGCGAUAGUAGGAUGUAAAGCGGCAACUCCGGAACUACGCUUUGCAUGGAAGCUGGUGGAUUAUGUCUGGGACUCGCCAGAACAACGGGCUACUGCAAUUCAAGAUGGGUCAUUUGUCCAGGACAACAACCUUCCCUUAGGCUUAGCCAGAUGGAAGAACAAGCUUUUUGUAACAGUACCCAGGUGGAAGAACGGUGUCGCUUCAUCUCUAAACUACAUAGAUGUUGACGGGUCAGAGGACCAGCCACUCAAGCCAUACCCGUCUUUAAAAGAUAAUUUUGUCCCAGACACAGCGAAAGAACUGCCAUCGAACAGUUCGAUAAUUUCGGUGUUUAGAGUAUUUGUGGAUCCUUGUGACCGACUUUGGGUUAUGGACUCUGGCCUGGCAAAUAUUUUAGGUUCACCAAACCAAGUGGCCGGCCCAUCGUUGGUGAUAUUCGAUUUGAAUACGAACCAGCUUCUCCACCGUUAUUUCUUCAAGGUUGGGGACAUGAAGGAGGAUUCGUUCUUUGCAAAUGUGGUGGUGGACGUGGACAAAGACACAUGUGACAACGCGUUCGCUUAUGUCCCAGAUUUAGGAGGCUAUGGUGUAGUGGUGUAUAGCUUGAAGGAUAACGACUCGUGGCGAGUGUCCCAUCACUAUUUCCACUUCGAACCUCUCGCUGGCUCUUAUAACGUGAGUGGUAUUGAAUUCCACUGGACUGAUGGAGUUUUCGGAUUGGCUCUCUCUGAACCCAGAGAAAAUGGAUACCGCACGAUGUUCUUCCAUGCUUUCUCCAGCACCAAAGAAUUCUGUGUGUCAACAGAACUGCUCCGUAACUACACUCAUAUCGACAAAUCGGAAGCAUUCCACGAUUUCAAGUUAUUGGGUGACCGUGGUGCCAACACACAAGCCUCAGCCAACUACUAUGACCCUAAGACCCACGUACUGUUCUAUACGCAGGUUAACCGUGAUGGCGUAGGCUGCUGGAAUUCAAACAAGCCGUACACGCCAGACACCAACCCGUUAAUAAUAUCAGACCCCGAGCUCUUCGAAUUCCCCAACGACCUUAAGGUCGACUACGAAGAUACUCUAUGGAUAUUGAGUGAUAAAUUACCGCGGUUCAUCUUCAAAGGUCUAGACCCGAAUGUUGUUAAUCAUAGGAUUUUCAGCAUCAAGGUGGCCGAUGCUAUCGCGGGCACUGCUUGCCAGUAG